AUGUUCAAUUUCGGUGGGAAUGGUGGAGGAGUAGGUAUACAAAUGGAAAUGGCACAAUUGAAAGCUGCACCUGUACUGAAUCCGAACUUUGGCAUGGCGAUCAAAUAUCUUGAUUGUCUGAAUAGACUGGCCGAUUUUUACUUGAGUAGAGGUGCAAGUGGAUUAGCACCUUGGCUGAGGGAAGUACAAUGGUUAUUGACAGCAUUACAAAAAAGGACUUAUCACAGAAUGCCUUUAACACCAGUGGAGAAAACAUCGAUAAUUAGUUUCGCAUCUUAUUGGAGAAGAAGAACUGAGCCUCCUUAUCUCAUGGGAAGACCAGAAGCUCAACUUGUUCUCAUAGCGCUAACGGAAUUUGCUAUGUACUAA